AAAGCUAAAAACCUAAUCGAUAAAUCCAGAUCAGGAGGAGAAGGAAAGCAAGACUUUGCCGGUCUCGAGCACAAGAAAAUGGCGGAACACUUGGCUUCAAUUUUCGGAACGGAGAAGGAUAGGGUUAACUGCCCUUUCUACUUCAAGAUUGGCGCCUGUAGACAUGGUGAUCGGUGCUCUAGGCUUCACACUAAGCCCAGCAUCAGCCCUACACUCCUCCUCUCUAAUAUGUAUCAGAGACCUGAUAUGAUCACCCCCGGCGUCGACCCUCAAGGCCAAGCUCUUGACCCUCGCAAGGUUCAGGAUCACUUUGAGGACUUUUAUGAAGAUCUAUUUGAGGAGUUGAGCAAAUAUGGAGAUCUUGAAAGUUUAAAUAUUUGUGAUAAUCUGGCUGACCAUAUGGUGGGCAAUGUCUAUGUUCAGUUUAGAGAAGAAGAACAAGCUGCAAAUGCGCUUCACAAUCUUAAUGGACGCUUUUAUGCAGGUCGACCCAUCAUUGUUGACUUCUCUCCUGUGACGGAUUUUCGAGAAGCUACUUGCAGGCAGUAUGAGGAAAAUGUAUGUAACCGUGGUGGCUAUUGUAACUUUAUGCAUCUGAAGAAGAUAAGCAGAGAGUUGAGAAGGCGCUUAUUUGGGAGGAGCAGGCGCAGGCGUAGCCGAAGCCGAAGCCGAAGUCAAAGCCCCCACAAACAUCAUGGAUAUGAAGAACGUUCCCAUGGUGGUGGUCGUGGACGUGGGUCUAGUAGAAGAGAUGGAGAAAAGGACCCUCGGUAUCUUGAUAGAAGCAGGAGGCCUAGAAGCCGUAGCCCUAGGCAUAGAGGGGGACGGAGUAGAAGCCCUGGAGGGAGGAGAAAUAGAAGUCCAGUUAGGGAAAGUAGUGCUGAAAGAAGGGCUAAGAUUGAACAGUGGAACAGGGACAGGGAAAAGGCAGAUAAUGGUAGUAAUCAUCAGGAUGUCAAGGAUGUUGGUGGAAGCAAUGACCUAGUACAAAAUGAAGAUGAAUUUGAUCCUUCUAAGCAGUUCUAGAGAAAAUGGUGGAUGCGGUGCUUGCCUGAGAAAAAUUUUCUGGUGGAGGACAGGUUCCCUGUCACGUGUUAUUGAAUGUGAAUUCCAGUUUUGUUAACCUCAUCCCUUCACCCUAAAAAUGAAAAUAAAUAGGAUAGAAAUAAUCUUUAGUGAGUAACCCUCUUGGAAAACUCUUCAAUAUUCCAUGCCAUUUUGAAUUGGUCACAGCCAUCCUCAUUCUUUUUUCUUUGGUCGUUCAUCUUAGUUGGAAUGUGUUUCCCCAUGUUUAUGGGAAUUACAGGAUGAAAUAAAACUUUAUAUCACCUAAAAGUAGGACUAGUGUAUGUAGUGCUUAACCUGCAGAAGUCUUGAGGAAAGGUUUCUUACAAACCAUUUUUAGUUUUUCUUUACUUUUUUUUUACUUAAACUUUCUUUUCAUCACUUUUACAUGAAAAGCAAGACCAAGAUUUUAGGACCGGCCUUCAUGUUUGCUGAUGUUUACGACUUUCUUAAUUAUACAGGUUAAUCUACGGAAAAAAAUGUUUAAUACGUUUGUCGUUUUAUCAUAAUAUUUUCUAUGCCUCAAAAUUUACUGGAUAUUUUCUCCAAUUGGGUUUCUUGAGUUAACAUUUUUAAACUAUUAUUUUUCUAAAAACUUCUUGUAGACAUCCUUACCUAAAGCAGAUGUAGAGCUUGUUGUCAUCCUAAUAGAAUGUUAUUCCCUUUUCAUGCUCUCAUCUUUACAGGAAGAAAUAGAAUUAGUUGCAGUUGUGGUCAUGGCUUUUUGUUUUUUAUAUGCAGAUUAUGGAUAUUGAAAUUUCCUUUUAUGUUUCUUACAUAUUCUGCGAGUUUUGCAGGUUCAGGUUUUCCUGCUUGCCCAAAUACUUCUUAGGCAGCUUACCAUCGUAUUCAUAAUACAGGUUUGGCUGUUAUCUGGAGGAUUUGCAGGAUUUGAUGUCAUGUUUCGUUGGAAACAUGAAGGAAGCUUCUCUCCACAACUUCUGCAAUGCUGAAAAAUGUAUGUCCUCGUUAGGUUUGAUUUUUCCCCAUCUCGUAAUGAAACUAAGUUAAAGGAUUUCUGAGACAUAAGUAGAUUUAAUCUCGUUUCCUUGUUUGGAAUUGUGUUGUAUUUCCAAGAUUUUAUUGACGUUUUCAGAGAGAUACUAUUGAGAGCUGCCUACGAUAAUAGUUGAAGUUUCCUUUUGUUGCCUUGA